AUGCUAACUGUCAUUCCGCACCAGGCGACCGAAAUACUCCCCCCAGAUCCCUCCUCCAAAGUCCUCGACGACGGCUGCGGCCUCGGCACCGUAACCGCCGAAGUCAAGAAAUCAUUCCCAGACAUCUCCGUCAUCGCGAUCGACUCUUCAGCCGGCAUGCUCGAAGUCAUGAACCGCAAAGCAAAGCACCAUGAUUGGAAGAAUGUGGAGACGAAGCUCUUGGACGGCGGUGAUCUCACUGACAUCCCCUCCGCCAGCAUAACCCACGCCUUCGCCUGCACCUACAUCGACCUCGCGCACAACGCCACGGCCUGCAUCCUUGAACUCUCGCGCGUCACCGCCCCCUCCGGCAUCAUCGGCCUCACGACCUGGGCCGACCCGUACCACCCGGCCAUCUCCUUGCCGUGGGUGCAAGCCUGCCGGCAAUUACACCCGAACUUCCAACCGCCGCUAGUCACGAGCCCGAAAUGGUCGACGGCUGCGCAAAUCAAAAAGAAUCUCGAGAGCGCGGGGUUUAAGGAUGUGGAGACGAAGCAGGUGAAGACGCAUUGGCAUUGGAGCAGCGCGGAGGAGAUGGUGGGAUGGUUUUUUGAUGGGGGUAAUCCAGUUUGUGGGAGGUGGCAUGAGGCGCUUAGGGAGGAGGGGUUUGGAGGGGAGAUGGGGGAAUUGAGGGAGGGUAUGAGGAGGGAGUUGGAGAGGGAGUAUAGGAGUGAGGGGGGCCGGUUGGUCAAGGAGGAGAUGGUCAAUUUGACGGUUGCGAGGAAGUAG